AUGACGCUCGACGCCCUCGACGUUCUCGAUGACGACGCCCUGAACGCGCUCGACGUCGACGGCAUCGCGCGCGCGGCGGCAAAUAAACGCGCGCGCGUCGACGUCGGAUGCGCGCGCGUCGAGACGAAUGAGAACGUGGCACCAUCGGCUGACGUGCGCGCGACGCUCAAAGCGCGGUUCGGCCUCGAUGCGUUUCGCCCCGGUCAGCGCGAAGUCGUCGAGGCGGUGCUCGCCGGGCGGGACGCGUGCGUGUUCUGGAGCACGGGCUCGGGGAAGUCGUUGCCGUAUCAACUCGCGGCGUUUGCGAGCGGAAAGAGCGCGGUGGUGGUGUCUCCGUUGAUUUCGUUGAUGCAGGAUCAGGUGACGGCGUUGAACAACACGGUCGGACGCGGUGAUGGGAAAGAUGGUGACGUGGCGGUGUUUUUGGGGUCGGCACAGAUGGAUCACGGCGCGGAGGCGCGCGUGUUUGAGGGGGCGUAUGAAAUAGUGUACUGCACGCCGGAAAAGUUGACGGCGAGCGAUUCGUUUUUGAAUGGGUUGAAAAGUCUCGCGGCGCGAGGGCGGUUGGGGUUGAUCGCGAUCGAUGAGGCGCAUUGUAUUUCUGCGUGGGGGCACGAUUUUCGUCCGUCGUACACGCAGUUACACAUGCUUCGCGACGCGAUCCCAAAUGUUCCGAUCAUGGCGCUCACGGCGACGGCGGUGCGUCACGUGCGCGACGAUAUUUCAAAGAUUCUGCGUCUGCGCGAUCCGUACGUGAGCGUGAACUCCGUCGAUCGCACCAACUUACACAUCAACGUCGUGCGCCGGACGGAUUUUUCAAGAGACUUGGAUUACAUCGUCGAGCGCGUUCGCGCGGGUGCGCGCGUGUCGCCCGCCAUCGUUUAUUGUCCGACGAUUGCGGAAGUCGUCAAAGUCGCCGGUGCGCUGAAACAGCGCUUAGGCGACGAUGUCGUUCGGAUGUAUCACGGCCAAAUGUCACCGCCGGAGCGACACGAUGCGCACAUGGAUUUUUUGACGAGUAGAAGUCCCGUCAUCGUGGCGACGACGGCGUUCGGGAUGGGUAUUGACAAGCCCGACGUGCGAGCGAUUACGUUAUUAGGCGCGUCGAAGACGAUGGAAGAGUUUUAUCAGCAAAUCGGUCGAGCCGGCCGCGAUGGACUGGCGUCCGAAGUUUCGAUGCUGUUCACGGACGGCGAUUUCACGCGCUACGCUUCAGACUUUUACACGAAAGAUCUCACGCCUCAAGCUCGCGACGCUCAAGCAAAAUCGACGAAUGCGCUCAAAGAGUUUGCGCUUAAUCGCGAAACGUGCAGACGGGUGAUGAUAAUGAAACAUUUCGGGGAAACUGCGCCCUUCGUCAGGUGUGGCGGUACUUGCGACAAUUGUGCGCGAAGU